GGCUGUGGGGCUGCCACGGUGGGACCCCAUGUACACUUGCAAUCCCAUUCCACAGUGCUGCUGGGCCAUCAAACCUGCCCAGUCCAGGGAGAAGAGGUCCCCAGGGCUGGGACCUGCUGGGGUGGAUCCGCUCCCAUAUGCCCCCUCGGGCACCCUGAGUUAACCCAGCCUCACUGCCUCUGUUUCCCUGGAAAAAGCAGCCUGGCAGCAUGGAGGUGGAGUGAUGGGUAAUUGCAGUGGGGGCUUCUUCAAAAAGGUGGGGGCAGGAUGGACAUGAACCAGAGCAACAGCUGUUAGCACUGGAUGUGGCUCAACCCUGGCUGCCUGUCUAUGCUCUCCAUGCCAUGAGCCUGGUCCAUGAGCCUGGACCCUCUCUGGGAGUGGGGUCCACUGCCAGCAGCCUGGGAAGCUGCAACCCCUUCUGGAGGGCACUGGACUGUGGCUCAACCCUGGGCUAAAACACCAUCCCUACCAUCUUCCUCCUUGAGGCAGGACCCGUCCCAGCACUGCCAGACCCUGGGGUCAGUGGGCAACAGCCAGGAGUGGGGCACUGGGGGCAUCCUCAUCUCCCUCCCCAGACACAGCACCAGGCACGGGGCAUUGACUGGUCCCUGACAUGCUCUGGGCUGGGUCUCACACAAAGCUGUAUUCAUCCAGGACUAGGCAAUUAGAGGGGGAAGGGGCCAACUGUCACCUAACACGGGUACAAGUUAUCCCUGCUCUUGUGUAACCUGUUGCAUAAAGCAGAGGCGGGCAGGGGCUGCUGCCAGCGGCGGGGGCUAUAAAGGUGGGUGUGAGAGGAGGCUGAUCCAUGCAGCUUCUCCUGCCCGCACCCAGUCCCCGGAGGAAAGAUGACAGCGGUGCUGCCCAGCCUAGCACUGGCCCUGCUCAGCCUGCUGCAGGCAGGGGCCGAGGUCCCCGUGCAGCCGGGCUUCAACGCCGAGAAGUUUGUGGGGACAUGGCAUGUCACAGCUGCUGCUUCCAACUGCUCCGUGUUCCUGAAGAUGAAGGAUGGGAUGAAGUCAUCCAUCACCACCAUCAGCUUCACGCCAGAGGGGGACCUGGCUAUGAAGCUUGUCUGGCCCUGGAUGGACAGAUGCCAAAAGUUUGAGCUGCUCUUCCAGAGAAGUGGGCAGGCGGGCCACUACAUGGCACAAGAGAAGAGGGAACUGCAUGUGAUGGAGACGGACUACAGCUGCUACGCCAUCGUGCACGAACUCCAGCAAAGAGGGCAGGAGCCCAUCACUGCGCUGCAGCUCCUCACAAGGGAUCAGGACAUGAGCCCCCAGCUCCUGCAGAAGUUUGAAGAGCUCAUUCCCAUCAUGGGCCUGACCAAGGACAUGUUGGCCAUCCUGCCCAAGUCAGAUCAGUGCACCAAGGCCACCAGCUGAAGGGGCCAACUCCAGGGCUGUGUGUCCUCCAGACCUGGUGGAAACCAGGUUCUGCUCCCUGCUCCAUGCCCCUUCUUGUUCUCCUCAGCCAGGAUCUGCCAGACCCGCUGUCCCACACCAGGAUCACACCUUGCUCUCCUAAAUAAAUGGAUGCAGAAGCUGUC